ACAGCUCUCUCAACCCAUCAAUCAGCUCAUCCUCAGAACACCAUGGCCUCCUCCUCCUUCCUCUCUCCCUUCCCUUCUCCAAUCCCAACAAAACCCAUCAAAACCCAUCUCCUCCCCUUCACAUUCAACCCCUCAUCCUCCCUCAACAAGUCCAGGCCCAAGACCCCCAAGCCCAGGCCCAGCAGCCCCCUUACCGGGUCAUGGGUCAGCCCGGAUUGGCUAACAAACCUCACCCGCUCUCUCUCCCCCUCCGACGACGGCUCCGGCAUCCCCACCGCCAGCGCGAAGCUCGACGACGUCUCCGACCUCCUCGGUGGGGCCCUUUUCCUCCCUCUGUUCAAGUGGAUGGAGGAGUGUGGGCCCAAUCUAACCGGCCUGGCGCCAAGCAGAGACCCCAGCAACUUCGUGGUCGUCAGCGACCCGGCGAUUGCGAAGCACGUGCUGAAGAAUUAUGGGACUAAGUAUGCGAAGGGGCUCGUGGCGGAGGUCUCGGAGUUCUUGUUUGGGUCGGGGUUCGCCAUUGCCGAAGGAGGACUUUGGACGGUGAGGCGAAGAGCAGUGGUUCCUUCUCUUCAUAAGAAGUUUCUGUCUGUGAUGGUCGAUAAGGUGUUUUGUAAAUGCGCUUUGAGAUUUGUGGAAAAUCUUGAACCACAUGUUUCUAAUGGCUCUGCAGUGAACAUGGAGGAGAAAUUUUCUCAACUGACGUUAGAUGUUAUUGGUCUCUCUUUGUUCAACUACAAUUUUGACUCUCUUACUUCAGACAGUCCGGUUAUUGAUGCGGUUUAUACUGCAUUGAAGGAGGCUGAAGCUCGAUCCACUGACAUUUUACCAUACUGGCAGAUACCUUUUCUAUGCAAAAUCAUACCAAGACAAAUAAAAGCAGAAAGAGCAGUUACCAUAAUCAGAAAAACUGUCGAAGAUCUCAUUAUAAAGUGCAAAGAGAUUGUGGAGAGAGAAGGCGAACAAAUUGAUGGGGAGGAGUAUGUAAAUGACACAGAUCCAAGCAUACUUCGCUUCCUACUUGCUAGUCGUGAAGAGGUUUCAAGCAUACAGUUACGCGAUGAUUUAUUGUCGAUGUUAGUAGCUGGUCAUGAAACAACUGGUUCGGUAUUGACAUGGACACUUUAUCUCUUAAGUAAGAACCCAUCUGCUUUAGUUAGAGCACAGCAAGAGGUUGAUAAUGUUUUACAUGGAAGACUUCCAAGAUAUGAAGAUGUCAAAGAGUUGAAGUACUUGAUGCGUUGCAUACAAGAAUCAAUGCGUCUUUACCCGCAUCCUCCUGUGUUAAUAAGACGAGCUCAAGUUGAUGAUGUUCUUCCUGGAGAUUAUAAAGUCAACACUGGUCAAGAUAUAAUGAUUUCGGUGUACAAUAUACAUCGGUCAUCUCAGGUCUGGGACAGGGCAGAGGAAUUUAUACCUGAAAGAUUUGAGCUAGACGGACCAGUACCAAAUGAGUCAAAUACUGAUUACAGAUUCAUACCCUUCAGUGGAGGACCACGAAAGUGUGUAGGUGAUCAGUUUGCUUUGCUGGAAGCUAUUGUUGCUCUUGCAAUUUUUCUGCAGCGUAUUAAUUUUGAGCUGGUUGCUGAUCAGAAGAUUAACAUGACCACCGGAGCUACCAUUCAUACAACUAAUGGCUUGUAUAUGACAUUAAGUCCACGAAAUUCGGAAAAUGAAUUGGAUCAAUCUUCAAGUUUGAAUAUGUCACCAAAGAAGGCUCGUGCUUCGAAGGGCAAAUCGGCGGCACCAGCACCUGAGGAGGUCGAGGCUGCCGUUCCUUCUUUUGGGGUUCGUCUGUUGUUGCUUGAUAAGGUCAAAGAUGUGCAAGGUAUACAAACGGUGAAGGAGGCUAUUUCAAGGCAGAAAGUAUUUAGUGGGCAUCGUUUACCCUCCAUUUUGCGUAUUUAGCUUAUAUUGUAAAGCUUUGGUUCUCAUUACUCCGUUAUAUAGCACGCAAUGGUUUUUAGUUGUAGCUCAAUUCCAUUUGAAGCACUUAAAAGGAAUAUUGUUCAAGAGCCUAUAUGAUUUCUGAAUUUAGAAUGGCUUUUUCCAUCCAAUAUUCAAUUAUCCAGGCUUACAUUGUUGGUGUUA